AAAAAAAAAUUGGCACCUUUAAAUCCUAAAGCUUUAGAUUUUGGAAACUUAUGAUUUCUACCCAUUUGAUGUAAGUUUGUUUGGGGGAGCCAAUUGAAAUUAUCCAUGCAGAAACCAAACUCCUGUCUCUGCCCAAAACGAUUGCAAUAUCUCCACUUCCAUUUUUCUAAUUUGACAGUUAUCUCAUCAUCAGAAUCGAUUCCCAGAACUGAAACACCAACCUUGAACCUCCUCAUUCAGAAUCGGUACCCGGAAGAUCUGCUGCUACAAACUUCACCUCCUCUCCGCCUAUGGCAACGCGUCGGACCAUCAAGGGGCAACCUCAGUGACACUGUCAACGAUUUUAGAGUUUCUGAGGAGCCAAUGGAUUCUUCCAUCGAGGAAUUCCAUCCGAGGCGCCCACUCUUGACCCGAAGGCUACUCCUCACCUCAGAUCAUCAACAGAAUUCACCUUCUGGAAAUGUUGUUUUACGGAUGGAACUAGAUAUUCAGAGAUUCUUACAAAACCCUUAUCAACAACAAUUUGAAUUCCAGCACUUCCCUACUUCAUAUCUUAGGCUUGCUGCACACCGUGUUGCUCAACACUAUGGGCUGAUAACCAUGGUACAGGAUAAUGGCAUAGAUGGCUUGGCAAAUAAAAUUCUGGUAAAGAAAACAGCACAAAGUAGAUAUCCUCCGGUGUGCUUAUCUGAAAUUCCUGCUAAACAGUUAGAAAGUGAUAAACCUGAGCUGCUUAAGAUUGCUAUCAGGCCAAGGCCUAAUAAAGGGUCUGAAAAUGAAUCUAGUGAAUUUGGGAUCAAACGGAGUCCUGUGAGAAGUGUGGAAGAGAGAAAGGAGGAGUAUGAUAGGGCAAGAGCUCGCAUCUUCAGUAGCCCUAGCAGUCCCAACUCAGAUGAUACAGUAUCUCAGGGUUAUGUAGACAGAAAAAGCACAAGUGUAAGCAAGGAUGAGCAGGAAGGUUGCAGGAAUGCUGUAAGUGUGCCUGAAAAAUAUAUUUGCUCCAGGGAUUAUGCACCAUCUCGAGUUGCCAUUUUCAGGGAUAGAGAGAAGGAUCGUACUGAUCCAGAUUAUGAUCGGAGCUAUGACCAGUAUGUAAGAAGCCUUCCAACUAAUCAAAACUUCAACUUGGCACCAUUCGAUAUGCAGAAGAUUCAACUCCCGUUUGUGCAGUAUGAUACUGGUUUCACUCAGUUGGGUCAGAUGCCAAGGACUCAAACUUCUCUUGGCUACAGGCCUGCUACGACCCCAGUUAUGAACCCUUUCUGUGCAGUAGGAUCAAAUCAAGCAUCAAGAGAUGCUGCAUAUGUUCAAUGGCCAAGUGUUGCAAUGACAUAUGCUCAUUCAUAUGAGCAAUUUAGACAUGCUGUUUUCCAGGCUCCAUGCUUUCAGCAACCUCUAAGUUUCGAUUACUCUCAAAACCAUUAAGUGUCUGCUAGGUUGGAAUUGUAUUACUGAUCUACCUGCAAAUUCUCUACACAUCUAGGAAGUUCCAUGUUGGUAGGAUAAUUCCAAAUCCCUUUGUUGCAAACCUUCUAUUCUAGUUAAAAUUAUUGUUUCUUCUUGCUUCUCUUUGUGGACCUUAUAUUAGUGUGUUAGUGAGUGCAUACUCUGUGGAUCUUUCAUUGAUGUGUUAAGUGUUCAAUGCUCUUUUGCCUGCCAUAUUUCCUUUCUAAGUUAUAGUAGCUUGUUCUUUUGCAUGUGAGGUGGAGGCUAGUAAUUGGUUGGACUUUUCUGUUAAGCACCAUCAAACCGCCGGUAUUAUGAUUUGCUUUUUCCUAAAGUAAAUGCUUAAACAAGCCUUCAUAGGUUGACUAGUGAGCUAGAGUCACAUGGGGGGUCAUUUAUUUAAAAAUGGGUUAUCAGCAUCUUUGCCAGCUCCAAACUCAUCAUGCCUUUAUC